CUCGUGCACACUGAAAUCUCACUAAAGUGUAAACAGGCGACGGCGCCGCGGCUCAGUUUGUUGUCGUUAUCUCGAUGCUCCAUGAGAGCUCCACACCGGGCGUCAUGACUCGAUAAACCGCUAAUUUUUACAUUCCUGUGAGCUAAACAGCUUGUUUGGAGUGUUCGGCUGCUGAGGCGUUUCUCUUUCACGUCAGGAAAAGUGUGUCAUUUUAGUCACUUCGUUUGUUUCUGCUGUUUCUACUCGUUUAAACCGAACUGUAGACUUUUUUUUUCUAUAGAAUUAAUAGUGAUUAAUAAGGACGUUUCUGUCAGGAUGAUUCGGCGCGGUUUUAACCCUCACAGAUGUGCUAGCAGUAGCUAACUGAGGUACUGACCGAGUCACUGAGUCACCGAUUCACCGAGUCACUGAGUCACGUCCAGCGGUUGGCAUAACAACCGAUCGUUCGAACUCGCGCGCGGUUUAUUUCGCGAUGGCGGAAAGCGGCGGAAUAAAGCAGGGGAAGCCUGGAGAAAGCCCCAGCUCUGAGGGGAUCAAGCAAGCAGUAGCAGAAAGCACCGGUAACGGGAGGAAGAGGGACGGUGAAGAGAGCCCAGGCUCCGGGAGGAUGAAAACGCACCAGUCGCCAUCUACCCGGUGUAUUAAGCAGCACUCGGGCACCACCGGGCACUGCUUCCGUAAAGUGACCCUGACCAAGCCGACCUUCUGCCACCACUGCAGCGACUUCAUCUGGGGGCUCGUGGGCUACGUGUGUGAAGUGUGUAACUUCAUGUCUCACGAGAAGUGUUUGAAGCACAUGCGUACCGUGUGCUCCUGCAUGGCGCCCACGCUGGUGCGGGUUCCUGUAGCUCACUGCUUUGGUCCAGCCGGUCAGAAGAAGCGCUUCUGCUGCUUGUGCCGCAAGAACCUGGAAGGAACGUCGGCUUUACGAUGUGAAGUGUGUGAGCUGCACGUUCACAGCGACUGCGCCCCCUUCGUUUGCAGCGACUGUCGUCUGUGUCAUCAAGAUGGUGGCCAAGACUACGACAUUCACCAUCACCACUGGCGGGAGGGGAACAUGGCUUCCGGAGCACGCUGCGAUGUGUGCCGGCGGGUCUGCGGCUCCUCCGACGUCCUCGCCGGAAUGAGGUGCGAGUGGUGCGGCCUCACGGCACAUGCCUCGUGUUAUAUCACAAUCCCUCCCGAAUGCGGUCUGGGUCGCCUGCGCAACAUGAUCCUGCAUCCCAGCUGUGUGCGCGUCUGCUCACGCAACUUCAGCAAGAUUCACUGCUACCGCAUCUCGGAGCCCCUGCAGCAGUGCGAACUGGAUAAUCUAGAUGACUCUGAUAUCCAGAACCCAACAACGUCGAAGGACAAUCAGUCCUCAGGCUCAUCAGAUACUGGGAAGCAGACUCUGAGAGUGUUCGACGGGGAUGACGGCGUGAAGCGUAAUCAGUUCCGGCUGGUCUCCAUUCCUAGAUUAACUAAGAAUGAGGAAAUAGUGGAAGCGGCACUUAAGGCGUUCUACAUCCCGGAUGACGCGCAGGAAUACGAGCUCCAGAAUUACACCCAACCCGACCUGUUAACGGAUGACAUCAUCAACCGCAACGGCAUGCCCGAUAACAAGGCCGUGUUUAAGGACUGCCCGCCGGAGAUGUGGCUUCUCCGAGCCAAGCCCAGAGACACGGAGCUGCUGAAGAUCUACGCUGGCUGGCUCAAGGUCGGUGUUGCCUACAUCAGUAUCACCGUUGGGAAGAGCAAAACCGUAGACUCCGUCAUUAAGGAAGUGCUCGUUCAGCUCGGUAAACAGGAUGAAAACCCUGCAGAUUUUAACCUUGUAGAGGUUUUAAUGAGCAGCAGACAAGUGCAGAAGCAGGUUCUUGGUGGGCAAGAGUUUUUACUGGACAAGCUGCGAGAGAUCAGGAAGACGUCUCUGAGGCAGAUGAACCAGACCCGCUUUUACAUUGUGGAGAGCAGGAACCGUGUGGUCCAGGUGGACCUGCUGAUCGGAGGACUUCCACUGCAGUUCAGCACAGAGGAAUACACAGAGCUGCUGCAGGAACACCUCACUAUCAAGAGUCACUUGGUCACCGUCACUCACGUCUACCCAGCACAAGGAUCAGUGGCUUUGCAGAUCACCUGUUUCUCUGAAGCUGAACGCAUCUACAUGUUGGCCAAAGACACCAGCAUCAAUGGCAAGCAACUGUCUUGUCUCAUCAUUCCAGAAAUCCUGAAAAGCAAGCUACCUAGAGGCUCCUGCCCUUUGCUGGUGUUUGUUAACCCUAAGAGCGGCGGCCUGAAAGGCAGAGAGCUUCUUUAUGGCUUCCGGAAACUUCUCAAUCCUCAUCAGGUGUUCGAGCUGACCAGCGGAGGUCCUCUGCCUGGAUUACACACAUUUCGCGAGGUUCCGCACUUCCGCAUGAUGGUGUGUGGAGGAGACGGGACAGUGGGAUGGGUGUUGGGUGUCCUGGAGACCAUCAGACACAAACUAGCCUGUACUGAGCCUGCCAUCGGCAUCGUCCCUCUGGGAACAGGUAAUGACCUGGCACGUGUCCUGCGUUGGGGUGCGGGCUACAGCUGUGAGGACCCCUACAAUGUCCUGGUCUCAGUGGAUGAGGCAGAAGAAGUGGAGAUGGACCGCUGGACCAUCCUGUUUGACGCUCAGGAAAUGACAGAGGAUGGAAAGCAGAACGGCUUCCUGGAACCUCCGAAGAUAGUCCAGAUGAAUAAUUACUUUGGCCUAGGGAUCGAUGCAGAGCUCAGCUUGGACUUCCAUCAUGCACGGGAAGAAGAGCCAGGAAAAUUCACCAGCAGGUUUCAUAAUAAAGGCGUGUACGUGAAAGCCGGCCUGCAGAAACUGAGUCACACGCGGAACCUUCACAGAGACCUGAAGCUACAGGUGGACAAGCAGGACAUAGAACUGCCGAGUAUAGAGGGCCUCAUUUUCCUUAACAUUCCCAGCUGGGGCUCUGGUGCUGAUCUGUGGGGUUCGGACAAUGAUUCACGCUUUGACAAGCCCAGGAUAGAUGAUGGCAUGGUGGAGGUAGUGGGAGUUACUGGGGUGGUCCACAUGGGUCAGGUCCAAAGUGGGCUGCGCUCGGGGAUGCGGCUCGCUCAGGGCAGCUACAUACGCAUCACUGUAUUAAAGCCCAUCCCAGUGCAGGUGGACGGUGAACCGUGGAUCCAGUCCCCUGGACAGAUCAUCAUCUCUGCAGCAGGACCCAAAGUGCGCAUGCUGAGGAAAUCAAAGAGCAAGCAGAAGAAGCAAUCUGGCAGUCUGAAGGAAGGAAGAGCUGAGAGCCCAGCGCCAGGAGAGGGGGCAAACUGACAGAAAAGCUCACACACUCAUACACACACACACACACACACACACACACACACACACACACACACACACACACACACACACACACACACACAUACACACUGUUUCAAAAGUCUCCACAAUGCCGUGCAUUCAGUGACAAGUCUGUAUCCACCUCCUCGGUAGAAAUCUAAUUCAGUGGAUUAGAGAAGACAAAACAAUCCAUGUUUCUUAUUUAUAAAUAAAUUCCUACAAGCAACAAGUAGUUUACGUAUUACACACUUCUUAGCCCCUCUUCCCUUUACUUUUGUAACGGAAGUGGUAAAAUGUCCGGAAAUUGAAAGAGGGUUUGAUUUUUUUUUUUUAAAAAAGAGGGAGCAAACUUGUUUCCAACGUAGUUCUUUUCUGCAGCUUGAAACCAUUCACCUUGUUCUUCACUUUGUGUCUGAAUGCUAAGGUCAACUACUUGCUUGCUCAUAUUUCUUAUAAAGACAGAAAUGGUUACGAUUAUGAUGCUAUCGUGAAUCGCUAUCGUAGCCAUCGUUACCAGGUUACUUUGAUUUAUCAUAAAAAUUGGCUGUUUAUUAUAAAAUGAACAUUAGACUUGACUCAUGGAGCUUAACUUAGUACUAUCAUUAUUUAUUCUAUUUAUAGUUAAAUAGGGUUGGGAUACAGCCCACACCGAGAGCGUUAAUUAGAUGAAUCUUUUUGGCGUAUUGAGUUUCGUACAUAGGUUUAGUAACCAAACGAAAUGUACAGAAUUUGCCCAAGACCAAGAAAAGACGUCCACUCCAAGACCAUGGACCGCAUUAUCGGGCUCAUUCACCGGCUGUCUGUACUAAACAGUUAUAAGCAGUUUUAAACAUAAAUGCUCUUAUUAAUUGUAAUCGUUUCUACUUCGAGAAAAUGUUGACCAUAAUCUGCAAAAAAAUCCUGUUGAUUGUUGAUUGUAGCAGGUCAAAGCUAAAUUGGAACACUUUGGAGCUAGCAAACAAAGUUGCUUUGCGUUUCUUUUGUUGCAGUGAAUUUUCUGUUCUGUAGCAAGUCCUUGUUGCUUUCCACACACACACACACACACACACACACACACACACACACACACACACACACACACACACACACACACACACACAUGUAUACUGUCACACAGCACCUGCUGUGUCAGCUAAUCUCACACUCAGACUGAUCAAGAUACACUUAACAUUCCAGUGUAUGAUGUAUUAGUGCUGUUUUCCUUUUCUCCUUUUCAAAAAUUUUGCUAGAAUCCGACUAAUUUGAGAUUACCGCGUGCCUGUUUUGAGGCUUUAUAACGAGCAUCAUCCGAUGCUGUUUAGAUCAGUGUACGAGGGCUUAAAUGUACACGAAGGCUGCUGAUUGUCUGCUCCGAGUCACGUGGUCAUGAACUCAUCACGUUAUCCUACGAGCAUGAAUAGUUUGUUAGUUUGUGUGUAGAAAGUGUGUGUGUGUGUGUGUGGACGAACUCUUGUACUAGAGUAAUUUCUAUAGGUUAUAAUAUUCUAGACAAAUGUUUGCAAACUUGUAAACGUGCCCUACUGUAAAGUUGUACAGUAAACAUCUAGGUGUAAGCACAAUGCUUUAUUAUAUAGUAAUAUGCCGGAUAUAUUCAGUGUACGUUUUCUAUAUUGAAUAUAUUCUUUAAUACUUACAGAAUGUUGUACUGUAUACACGUAGCUGAUGUACAGUGACUGGUCAGUCUUGUUCCGUAGCAGCGUACAUACAUACAUACUUACAUACAGGAACAAACGGACUACCACUACAGUGCUUGCUCUACAUCUACCUCUGUGCUUUCUGCUCUUGGUUCUGCCACUUUCGCCUUGCAUUAGUAUCUGAGAUGCUGUGCCAUUUUUUUGUUUGUUUGUUUUUGUGUUUGUUUGUGGGACCGGGAAUUUUUUUUUUUUACGAAUGCCAAAAGACUGAUCAGUAACGAGCGACGAUGGGUUAAAGGUUUGCACGGUAAUGUACCAUCAUCCAGAAGCGUUUUACAGAUCCUUACUUCUUCCUUUUAUGUGUUCCAGGAUCAGAACUCUGAGCAUCAGCCGGUGCUUAAAUAAUAUCGUAUUUAUAACUUUAUUAUAAAAUAUUAUCAUUUAGUCGGCGAACGCGACGAUCGUCAGUUCAUUUUACUUUAAACAUAUUUGCUUAUAAUUCUCAGAGCCCGAAUGUCAACUGAACUGAAAAUUGUUCACAAUCAACAAUAAUGAUAAUUAUUUAAAAAAAAAUUAUAUAUUUUUGUCUUGACUUCGAGGACCAAUUAUAAUCCGAAUCCGGUCAUGGUAUUGACACGGGCGGUGAUGUCAUUGCCUGAGCAGGUAUAAUAACCCAGCCUGUGAGUUUUAUACACGUCUGUAUUUCACGAUUAGUGCGACAAUCUUGAGAUUUGCGUUCUGGAUCAAACAGUCGGAAAAUAUCGAAUCCGUUCCAGAUUCUAAAUAUCAGUUUGCAGCAUCCCUGCCUGCAAUCAGCAUUACAUGCUGUCAGUAUUUGAAGACAAAAGUACCAGUCCUGUACUGUAUUGUGGUGUUUGAUUGUCUGCUGCUAGGUGCUUUUGUGGCGUUAUGUGUGUGUGUGUGUGUGUGUGUGUGUUGCUCUUCCUCUUAGUCCCAGAGUGCCCUUAGUUCAUCCUUGAAACCAUGGUGUUCAUUGUAGAAAUGUUCUGAAUGGUCAUAUUUAACUCUUGUUACUUACUGAAUUAUUCUGUACGUAUUCAUACUUAAUAUCCCCCGUAGUGCCUAAUCUAAGUGCUUUUAGAGACUCUGCAGUAUUGACGUACCGUGUGUGUCCGGUCCUUUGACUUUUUUUACACUGCCGUCGGUAUAUUACGUAAGAUUUUGAGCAUCUCUGCCAUUUAUUGCCACGUUGCCGUCACUGUUCCAGCCAGGAAUUGCAUGACCUUUUCAAAAAUAUACGUGUCAGGUUUAAAUGAAACUAAUGUGAAAUUACAGCUAGAAAGUCGGGCAUCGUUGUGUUCCAAGCACUUACUGUACGUAUCGCGGCUUUAGAUCACACAUUCAGUCAGUCUGUAUAGCUAUAAAAAAUUAAAGGUCAUAUAAGUUGACGCUAUAAAGUCUGAUAACCGGAAUUGCUUCUGUAUAAAAUUCAGAUUUUCAAGAAACUGUGCUAUGUGUCAGUUACAAACAGGUUAAUAUUUAAUAAAAGAGGGCAUUCGUGAUGAGACAAAGAACCUAAGAUCAGUUUAAAAAGGCCAACUAUUUUAAAAGAACGGCCGAACGGUGCGUCGCCGUCGUCUCCGUUCAAGCCGUCCUGGAUGGUUCCGUCGAUAUCGUUGAAGCAUCGUGCUGUUUUAGAUCUUUUAGAGCUUAUGUGCCUCCACAUGACUACACUCAUGCAGUUAUGUAUCUUCUCGCAGAACAUCUCAUGUGAUCAAACCUUUUUUUUUUUUUUUGUACUGAUUUAAAACCUUAAGGUUAAUGUACUAAGAUCUAUAGAAUACAGUAGAUGUAUAUUUUUUUGUAAGAGAAAUGUUCUGAAUAUAAACUGCCGAGAAUAUUGCACUGACCAUGUUGUACAAUAUUCUGUGUCAAAUGAAUGUUAAAUAAUUAUAAAUGUAUAGAUGGAUACAUCAGAUGUGUAACAAGAUUAUAGAAAGAAAAUAUAAAUUUGGACUUUUUUGGUACAA